ACUGCUGCGAUGGAAAAAAGUCUUAAUGUUACAUCACUGUGUGGUACAAUGGGACAAACAUCUCUCCUGUGGCUGCUCUUGCGGACCGCGCUGCUGUGCUGCACAACAAACCAAGCUCGUCUGACUGUGAGUCCCAGCAGCUCUCAGCUGUUUAAAGGAGAGUCUGUCUCUCUGAGCUGUGAGGAGGACGACAGCUCUGCUGGAUGGACGCUGAGGAGGAACACAACCAGAGAAACCAGGACUCAGUGUGACGACUGGGGAGAACCUGCUGGUUCUUCCUGUACCAUCAGCCAUGUGGUCCCAUUGGACAGUGGAGUUUACUGGUGUGAGUCCAGAGAGGGAGCAACCAGUAACACCAUCAGCAUCACUGUCACUGGUGGACCAGUGAUCCUGCAGAGUCCUGUCCUCCCUGUGAUGGAGGGACAUGAUGUCACUCUGCACUGUAAACCAAAGACCCCUCCCUCCAACCGCCCAGCUGCUUUCUAUAAAGAUGGCUCCCUCAUCAGCACUGAGCCUACAGGUCACAUGACCAUCCACCAUGUUUCCAAGUCUGAUGAAGGCCUCUACAAGUGUCACAUCAGCCGUCACGGAGAGUCUCCACCCAGCUGGAUCUCUGUCACAGGGAAACCCACCAUCACACCUCCUCCUCCGUCCUCCUCCCCCUCCUCUCCUCCUCCAUCCUCCCCUCCUUCUCUCCUGGCCUUGCUGUCUCUUCCAUCUGUCUGCGGUCUGGUGCUACUGGUUGUACUGGUGGGACGAUGUGUCCGGAGCCAACCUGAAGAGAGUGAUCCAGCUCCGGUCUACUCCGCAGUGAGAAGAACAGACGACGUCAGUGCAAACGGGACGAGAGAGAGCGAUCCGGCGGCAGUUUAUUCAGCUGUUAAACGAACUAAAGACGUCAGUUGUGGACACACAGUCAUCGGAGCAGACAGGACGAGAGAGUUUCCAGCAGAGCCAGAGGUCGUCUACUCGUCACUGAGGUCGACCUCCACACCUUUACACCAGUCCAAGCGCUGAUGUCCAGCUGGCCUGUAACUGGUCCCCAGAGCCCCUCACACCUCAGUGCAUCCAUGUGUUUUACUUCUCAUUCUUAAAUGUUGAAGCUAAAUUAGACUCAUGCAGCUUCAAAGAGACUAAAAGGUUAAAUGUAGAGCAUGUUUUAUGUUUUUCAGUGAAAUAUCAGUGAAAU